UACGUCGUCUCGUCAGUACGAGAUGAGACUUUCGGAACGCGAAUAGAAACAACGCGCGCUUAGUUCCGCAGCGUACGGUAAACCGGCCGCUUUCGUCGUCGUGUGCACGACUCGUCGAUCUUCAAAGUGAAAAUUCCGAGGAAUCCGAUAUAAUACGAGCCUCCGCGCAGCGAUAAUUUCUUCCGAGAGAGAAGAAAAAUUAGUCUUCCGCGAAUUACGAUAAAGAAUAAAAAUCUAUUUUGUUCAAUCUGUUCUUUCCGUCGUCGAAUUUCGAGCUUUUGCUUCGGAACGCGACGAAUCCAGGCGCGCCACAGAUCGGAAGAUUUUCCGAGAUUGUUCCAGCGCCCCCCCCCUUAUUAAAAAUACCUCACCGAUCUCGCUCAAUACUUACUUCGGGGCUCAAUUUUUCGGAAACCUUUUUGUUUUCGCGUCGCGUGAUUCCGGGGGAGAAUGUCGAUCAGGGGUGUGACCACUUCGGAGAACGAGGCGUUCCUUGGUAUACGCCUGCCGAAUUUCCUGAUCGAUCCGGACGAAGGCAGCGAGAGUCCGGUCUUCGGCAUCGAGGGCGGCGGAACCGGUACAAGUGGUGGCUCGAUGAGGCACGCGUCCCACGAGCUGCCGAACGAGAUCUCGGCGCCUUACGAGGUCCCGCAAUUCCCGAUCGAGCAGAUCGAGAAGAAGCUGCUGAUCCAACGUCAACUGACCGUCAAAGCUGCGAAGGACCUUGAGGAACGUCGCAGUCACUACGAACCGUCGCUUCAGCCCGGAGUUCCCGAUGACGUCGAUCAUACCUUCAAUCUCGAGGAAAAUGACUUCGUGCCCCACUUCCAGCGAGUCUCCAUAUCCGGCGAGGAUACUUCCGGGGUACCUCUGGAAGAUCUUCAAAGGUCCUCCCAGAUGCUGGUGCAGGCCUUGGCGAUACGCGAGAAAUACAUGAACAACUCCAAACAGAGCUUUCCCUCCAUCACAUCGCGAUUCUUGCGCAGUGUCGACAAGAGACCGCUCACCACGGACGACGAAGUUCAUCACGAGGAUCGCAAGGCCAUCGAAGAUCACCCGGUGCACGCACCUGCGUCCAGAGGCGACCCGUGGGAGUGCGAGUUCCCGCCGUCGAAGAACUAUACGAUCGCGCCCGUGAACGGCGUCUUCAACGUGUUCGCAAACGAGGAGGAUCUGGCCGAUGUCAAGCCGCUCCCGUACUCGUACCCAGACCUGGCCACCUUCGUCAGGGACAUGAACCAGCUGUGCGCGAUGAUCGCCGACGGGCCCCUCAAGUCCUUCUGCUACCGCAGGCUGAGCUAUCUCUCCUCCAAGUAUCAGCUGCACGUGCUGCUGAACGAGCUGCGGGAGCUGGCGAGUCAGAAGGCCGUGCCUCACAGGGACUUCUACAAUAUCAGAAAGGUGGACACUCAUAUACACGCGGCCUCUUGCAUGAAUCAGAAGCACCUGCUCAGAUUCAUCAAGAAAACAUUGAAGAACCACGCGGACGAAGUGGUCACCUGUUCGAAGAGCGGUGGAACCAUGACGCUCCGUGAAGUUUUUCAAUCGAUGAAUCUGACGACCUACGAUCUGAGCGUCGACAUGCUAGACGUGCACGCGGACAGGAAUACGUUCCACAGAUUCGACAAGUUCAACGCGAAGUACAAUCCGAUCGGGGAGAGCCGCUUGCGAGAAGUUUUCCUCAAGACCGAUAACUAUCUGAACGGGAAAUUCUUCGCCAGCAUAAUCAAAGAGGUCGCGAGUGACCUCGAGGAGUCCAAGUAUCAGAACGCGGAGUUGCGUCUCUCGAUUUACGGCAAGAGCCCGGAAGAGUGGGACAAGUUGGCCAAGUGGGCGAUCCAGAGCGACGUCUACUCGGACAACGUGCGCUGGCUCAUACAGAUCCCUCGAUUGUACGAUAUCUUCAAGCUGAACAAGCUCAUGACGAACUUCCAAGAGAUCAUCAACAACAUCUUCCUGCCGUUGUUCGAGGUGACCAACGAUCCCAACUCUCAUCCGGAGUUACACAAGUUCCUCCAAUACGUAAUAGGCUUCGAUUCCGUGGACGACGAGAGCAAGCCGGAGAAUCCUCUCUUCGACAAGGACGUUUGCCCACCCGCAGAGUGGGACGACAUCGAGAACCCGCCUUACGGAUAUUACCAGUACUACACUUAUGCGAACAUGACUGUCCUCAAUCACUUCAGAGCGGAACAAGGCUUCAAUACAUUCGUCCUGAGACCUCACUGCGGCGAGGCUGGACCCAUUCAACAUCUCGUUUGCGGUUACAUGAUGGCGGAGAAUAUCUCGCACGGUCUGCUGCUGAGAAAAGUGCCGGUGCUCCAAUAUCUCUACUACCUGGCGCAAAUCGGCAUCGCGAUGUCGCCGCUCAGUAAUAACUCGCUUUUCCUGAACUACCAUCGUAACCCACUUCCGGAAUACCUUGCUAGAGGACUGUGUAUUAGCUUAUCCACGGACGAUCCUCUCCAAUUUCACUUCACCAAGGAGCCUCUGAUGGAGGAGUACAGUAUCGCCGCGCAAGUGUGGAAGCUCAGCUCGUGCGACAUGUGCGAGCUGGCGCGCAAUUCCGUUCUCAUGAGCGGCUUUCCGCACAAGAGCAAACAAUACUGGUUAGGACCUAAUUAUACGAAGGAAGGAGUCGCUGGUAACGAUAUUACGCGAACCAACGUGCCGGACAUACGGGUGGCCUAUCGUUAUGAAACACUGGUCGACGAGCUGUCCAAUAUCUUCAAGGUCGCGGAGAAGCCCGAGUCGGUUUUAUUCUAAUGAACUGAUUAUUAUUUCAGACUCAUCGUUAUGACGGAUCGACUAUUGCGCGACGAUGUGCAGUUUGUAGAGAAUUGCAAAAGCAUCGGUUUUACGAUCGAUACGAUUGAUUACGUCGUGGCCUUCGGGAUACUUCCAAGACGUUCAGUUUUGACAAAAACAUUCUAUAUAUAUCGCGAAUAAUUUUCCAGCACUCUAGAAUUAUAUUGGUUUUUCGACGAUGUCUACUUGAAUUGUACUCGAGGGAGAUUCAUUCACUCGACGAAGAAAGAAACGUGUAGUAUGUUAUAAUGUAAUUCAAUUGAAGCUUUACAUUAUAUGUAUCUUGUGUUGAGUAGACCUUUCGAUCGAGCAAGGGUAAGUUAAUCAGAAAUAUUUUAUACAUGUACGUUGACCAAUUUAAUAGUAGCUGUUAGAAGGUACCCCUUCUAUAUAUAUAUUAUUGCGAAAUUAAUAUAACGAUACAGUAUAGUAUAUAUUAGUGUAAUAUGAAAUAUAGGCUAGAAGUGAGUAUUACGUUAAUUUACCCUUAAUGUUAAGCGUCUCGUGCGCGCGAGGGGAUGAGAUCCGUUUUUCAUAUCUUCGGCUGUGCUUGGCGCUUUCUUGGAUUUUUAGCUUUAUUUUCUUACAUUUUUGUACAUUUAUAUCGUGGAGAAAAAAAAAGAACGAUUGUGUUGUGUGUGUGUAUGUGUGUGUACGACGUUUGUUUCGACGACGAGCUGAUUUAGACAGCCUCGUACGCGCGGACAGUUAACUCGUGCCAUUGUAACAUACGGUACAAGUGAGUGUAUCUUCCUUUCACACGAAUAUACGGCGGUGUGUAAAUACGGAUUUUUUUUUUUUUAAUUACACGGUAAACGGUAGCACACUUGAGACAGACGCGACUGUGCGCCAAGGGAUGAUUCGGCGAAUGAUACGCUACCUCUCCCUCUCUCUCUCUCUCUCUCUCUCUCUCUCUCUCUCUCUCUCUCUCUUCUCAACCUAUUUUGAUUCCGCGACCGGCUUUGUUGCUUUCCGCAUUCACGCCGCAAUCGUCUCCGCCUUUCCGAGAGAAUUUUCCGAACAACGAGUUGAGUUGAGCCACCGACUCUACCGACACCCGAACACUGUGCCCCGAGUUUUAAAAUUGUUACUAGAGAGAGAGAGAGAGAGAGAGAGAGGAAAUAUAUAUUUAUUGUAAAAAAGUGUAUGCCGGAAGACAAGAAUAUAUAUAUAUAUAUAUGUAUAUAUAUUCUUGUAUAUAUAUAUACAUCUGCAACGUUAAACUUGAAUAUGUUUGAUAUCACCAAUCUGAUGCGCAGCAAUCUGAUGCGACAAUAUCCCUGAUUUAUCCAGCCGAUUUGAGAAGAUUAAGGAGAUGCCGUUGACGAACUUGAUAAGCGUCGAUAAGACGUAGAGGCGAUUUCCUCGAGAUCGUUAUGUUAACUGAUCACGCUGUUUAUGUUCCUUAUAUACAUACAGGUCAUGUAAAUGUAGUGCGAUAUAAGUGUGAAUAAGAUGAAUGUGCGCUACAUUCUGUUUCACCAUA